CCAUUCAAAAUAUUAUAACUUUUGUUGACUAAAUUAUGGAGAUGUUUUCUCAAAAUUACGUAUAGUAGUUUGCUUCCAGAUUUCCUGAAAAUCAAGCCCUCGCCAAGAUGCCCUGUUGCAUUGAUCGGUGCCCUUCGGGCAGGUUCGUGCUGGUUAAAUUUCCACUGAGUCGCACCAUUCGCACACGCUGGCGGGAUGCAAUUAAAGCCGGAACCGGUGCGAUUCCUCAGGCACUCAAAGAUCUCAAUCACCUGGCCGCCAACGACGAUGAACUGCAUAUUUGUUUCGACCACUUUCCCUAUCCGCACAACGGUGGCUACCAGGACCCUACAGUUUUUGUCAAUCGAAUUGGCCAGCGCGUAAAUUUAGACUGUUGCCGACUGUGUCAACGCUUCGAAUCGACUUCGCAGAUGUAUCGACUGGAUGGGUCUUUUAGUGGACAGUCUCUGUAUGGAGCUAUAUUGCAAACGAUAAAGAUCCGUUUGAAGCCUGAAGAGGAUCCCCGAUUUCUUUCGAUUUGUAGCGAAUGUUUGGUUAAGGUAGAUUUGGUGAGGGCGAUCCAGAAUCAGUUCUUUAUGAUGGAGGCUCGGCAUAAGAACAUUCUGCGGUUGCAAACUCCUUUGGAGCUGGUGGAACCGAUAGAACCGUUGGACAGUAUUCUGGUUAUCGUUGAGGGAAUCAAAGAGGAGAGCGAGGAAGUAUAUUCGAAGCAAGAGGAUAAUCUACAGGACUUGCCAAAGGAAGCUAUUGUGGAAGAGGAGACAAUGCUACUUGAGAUGAGUAAUGAAGCAGUGGUUGAUAAACCAUCAGAGCCAGUCCGGGAGAGGAAACGGGUUAUUACAAAAACUAAGAAGCUGAAGGCUUUGAAGAGAGCAGCGAAACCGGAUAUUGCGGUGAGCCAACCAACGACGCCGAAGAAACGUAGUGUCGUUAAGAGAAAAUUGAAAGAGAAGGUCCAGAAAAUGUCGCCUUCGAAUAAGUUUCCCCUCAGGACGAUCGCGGCUAAAACAUGCUACAUUUGUCCAAUCGAAUUGGCAGAUAUGGACCACCUGAUAGCACAUCUGGCGGAGGAACACGCCGGUAAAGUUGACUACAUUUGCCCGCACUGCGAUGGGAAGCAACUGAAAACGAUCCAAUCCUACAACGAGCAUCUCAGUUUUCAUGAUUCAAGCAUUCGACCGCUUCAGUGCAACUUUUGUACGCUUCGAUACUGCACCAGGAGAGCGGUUGAAGUACACGAAACGCAAGCCCACGGAGCACCUGAUAAGCAUCUACCGCAGAAGAAAAGACUCCGGAACAUUCAGUGUGAACAAUGUGGCAAAGUGUUUGGCUCGAUAGCGUCUGCCGCAGAGCAUAAACUCGUUGUACACGAAAAUGAAAAAGCUAUAGAGUGUAAGAUUUGCCAUAAAAAACUUGGCUACAGGAAUAGUUUGCAUCGACAUAUGUUAACCCACACGGGAGAACAACCGUACAAGUGUGACACGUGUGGACUUCGGUUCAAAAUUAUCACCGAUUUGAACAAACACAUUCAGGGCGACCAUCAGGGCGAGAUGCCCUACUAUUGCAACAAGUGCAAUAUUCCACUCAAGGAUAAGAGUACCUAUUAUCGGCAUAGGACCCAACAUAAGUUGAAAAUAAAAGGUCCAACGAUACGGUUGUGGAAGUGCGCACUAUGUUCGACAGUCAGUAACAUCUCGCAGGAUUUGCAAGCUCACAUCGACGAGCAUCAUUCAAAGGAGGACUACCCGUACACGCAGUGUCCCUUCUGUCCGGAAAAAUUUCUAUCCCCUAGUCAGAUGCAGAUGCACAAAUAUUACAAGCAUUGCGACCAGCGGACUUCCCGAUCGACCAAGUUGCAGUGCGUCAUCUGCGAUGAACAGCAAAGUUCGCGAGGCCAAUUGGAUACCCACAUGGUCAAGGUGCACGGAACGGAAAAGAAGUACGCUUGCAAGCUGUGCAACAGUCGUUUCGCGAACCGGGCCAACCUUAGCCGCCACCAAAGUCUGCACAAAGAGGUGAAAAAGUUCAACUGUGAAUUCUGCGCGAAAACCUUCCACCAAAAGGGCGCCAUGGAAAACCAUCGCCGCAAUAUCCAUACCGGUGAGAAGGCAUUCCUGUGUCAGACCUGUGGCAAGGGAUUCAAGGAAACGUCGACGUAUUACCGCCAUAGAGCCACGUGCGUGGAGAACCAGGAUGGGGAAUAAAAGUCA